AUGUCGGAAAGCGAAGGAACGAAAGAAAAAAGAGGAAGCAACAGUAGAAAAAUUGAUGAGCUGUACAUUCAAAAUGAAAUAGACAAAUUGAAUGUUGACGAGUUGAUACAACCUGAACAAAAUAAUGCAUUAAAGAAAGUAAUAAAAACUGACAGAAAAAUUGUAAUGAAUUUGGAUAAUAAAAUAAGUAAAUUACAAAAAUCAUGUCAAUAUGGAAAACAAGUAUCUAAAAUAAUUAAUUUUAAAGCAGAAGGGUUAAGUACUAUUUCGUUAAAAGAAAAACUAAAGUUAAUAUUAGACACUUUUAAUGAGAAUUUUAAUGAGCAUUUUCCGAGUUAUGAUGAAAUGUAUAAUUAUUCCAAUGACAAAGAAGGAGGAAAACAAUAUGACAAUAAUGACAAAGAUAAGAAAAAAAUAUUAAGCUUUGCUAAAAUUUCUCAUUAUUUUAGCGUAAAAACAUUCUCUUUUUGCACGAUUAAUUAUGAUACUAUUCCUUUAAACCUAUUUUUUACGAAUUCAAAUACAUUUAACAUAGAAAUAAAAGAAAAGAAAGUAUACAGCAGGACAAAACAACUACACAGUGGUUAUAAAAAAUUAAAAGAGUAUACAUGUGAUAACAAUGAGCCUGAAAUAAAACUUGAAACUUAUGAACAAUCAAUGAAAUUAAAACAUAAGUUAAGUGAACUUGAAAAAAUAAACAAACAUAUCAACUUUUUACACUUUAUUAUUGAUUGUGACCCAAUGAAUGGAUUUAAUGAAACUACUUUUCGUUUAUUCUUAAUUACAUUACUUGUAUCUAAGGGGCAUGUAGAAUUUUAUAAAGAUGAUAACAACAUCUUAUGUAUAAAGUCUCUUCAACAACAUGUUGAACAAGAAGACAGUGAUGAUAGCUUUAUAAUACAUGGCCCAAAUAAACAAAUAAUAAAAAAAAAAAAAAAAAAAAAAAAUCAAACUUUGCUCACUUCUUGGUCGUAUCAUAAAUGGGAAAAAUUAGCAAAGCGAGUGAAGGGGGAACUAGGCACAUAA